UUAAAGGACAGUUCUUUACUUGCCAGUGAGUGUGGUGUCUACAGCAGAGGAAGGUUGCAGUGUGCAGUAAUGGACAGAGUGCUUAAACUCUUUCUAACAGCUUCACUCCUGAGCUGCUCAUGUCAAUGCUCGAAGGUGCGGGUGCCAAAAUCCGUUACAGCCAUCAAAGGAACUUGUGUAGUGGUGCCGUGCAGUACCACAUCUCACACAUAUGCAACUUGGUACAAGUAUUAGCACUCUGGAUACCCUCCAGUGUAUUCUAAAGACACCAAAGAUAUAAUAAAUCAGUUUAGAGGAAGGACAUCACUCCUGGGAAAUGCUAUGCAGGGAAACUGUAGCCUAAAGAUUGACAAUGUUCGCCAAGAGGAUGGAGGAAUAAGUGUGUAUGUAAGGAUCAAUCCUCACAACAUAUAUGGAGAUUACACAGAGAUAAAAGUCUUGGCACCUUCAGAGACUCGCAUUUCUGUAGAAAGCACACAAGUGGAAGGAACGCUUUUCUCAGCCAAAUGCACAGUCCGGCACUCCUGUCCAGUGUCUCCACCUCUGCUGGAAUGGCUGGGCCUGUCUUCUGUUUCUAAUGAGGUGACCACUACACAGGACUCGGGUGGCUUGUGGGUUUCUGUGGCACACGCUCAGUUCAAUGCCAGCCGUCGAGACCAUGGUAAAAGGCUCACAUGCAGGAGAAUGUCAGAUGGAAACACUGCAAUUAGUGAUGCAAUUCACAUGUUAUUCCCUCCCACCAUCCUGCCAGACUCAGCCUGCUGGGAGAAGGAAGGAUCUCUGCACUGCAUGUGCUGGGUGGAGGCGGAGCCAAACGCCAACAUCUCCUGGACUGUUGAUGGAAGAAGUGCUCUCCUUCCACACUUCAACAUGACAAAUAACUAUACGGGAAGGACGACAGUGUCAGUGAUGACAGGGCCACCGGGCCACUUUGUAACUUGUGAGGCAGCAAACUACUUGGGCAAUGACACUUACCAGAUGUCUGGCUUUCCACAGCUGGCACAAGGCACUGUUGGAUUGACCUAUUUCAUUCUGGCGGCCAUAGUUUUAAUUGUCCUUGGAAUUGUUGUGCUUGGUGUCCACAGAAGAAUGAAAAAGAGACAUGAACACUCGAGAGGAGCUAAAAAUACAAGAAGUUCCGAGAACACAAGCCAGUGUAGACAGAACAUAGAGUCAAAUGGAACCCAGACCAAGGUCCGGCAGAAGACCUAUGAAUGGCACAAGGAUGACAACGUCUAUGCAAAUGAUGUAUCGGGUGGGCAUAUUUGGAGUACCGCCAUGGUGACUUCACAGGCUCCCGAGGAUGAGAUGGCAAGUAUCUACCUGAAUGAAUGAUACUCUUGAUGGCCUCGCAUGUCCAUUGCUAAGCUUCAGUAUGCUUCACACCAAAAUAUUCUGCAUUCACUGAUGUCUGGGAUUUUAAUAUUCCAUGUCAGAGCUGAGUAUCUGCACAUUCUGCAAUCUGCAAACAUAAAGUUAACAUUCUCUCAAAUAAAAAAAAAAUCUUGAUUUUGUGCAUAUUUAUAUUUCUACAUAAAUCAAAAUGUAAAAUAAAUAAAAUAUAUAUACAUAC